ACUUGAGCCUUACCCAAUCAUUUACUCUUGGGGAUCUCUCAAGCAAGACUCCACUGAAUUCCAGACACACACUUUUGGACACACUUCUUUUUCUGUGCAAGAAGCUUUUGAGGAAACAUGGUGUCGGCCGGCUUCCAGAUGGUGGGCACUGCCCUGUGCAUUAUUGGCUGGAUUGGGGCCAUCGUUGUCUGCGCCCUUCCCCAGUGGAAAGUGACAGCCUUCGUUGGCCAGAACAUUGUCACCGCUCAGACCACCUGGGAGGGCAUAUGGAUGAGCUGUGUAGUCCAGAGCACAGGCCAGAUGCAAUGCAAGGUUUAUGACUCCAUGUUGGCCCUUUCCCGUGACCUCCAGGCUGCACGUGCCCUCAUCAUCAUCUCCAUCCUGCUCGGCAUCGUCGGCCUCCUCCUCGCCAUUGCAGGAGGCAAAUGCACCAACUGUGUCGAAGACGAGAGUGCCAAAGCUAAAAUCGGUGUUGCAUCCGGUGUCAUCUUCAUCCUUUCUGGUAUUUUGUGCCUCAUCCCUGUGUGCUGGACAGCAAACACCGUUAUUAAUAACUUCUACAACCCACUGACCGUGGGCUCUCAGAAAAGAGAGCUUGGAGCUGCACUCUUCAUCGGCUGGGGGGCAGCAGGUCUCCUCCUCAUUGGUGGUGGACUCCUCUGUGCCAACUGCCCUCCCAAGGAUAACUACUCCGCCAAGUACUCAGCUGCCCAUUCAAAUGGCCCUAAGGACUACGUCUGAGGAGAGAGGAGCCAAAUGACAAAUCCAAGGGACUGAAAAAAAAGAGACUUGAGUCAAAUGCUUUUUGGUCAAUGACACUGAUUUGUGUUGCCACAAUGAGUAUGAUUUGAAUUUCACAAUGAUUUUAUUGUGCUCACAGUUUGUGCUGAAACUGUCAUCCAACAAUGCAAGAUUUGUUUCACUGUGUAAAGCUGAAGAGACGUGCACCACACCCAAACAUUGUGGACUGAGUGACACAAUGCUUCAGCAGUAGGAGUGACAAAUAUCCAUAUCGAUACAUACAUAUUGGAAGAACA